AUGAAUUUGUACGAAAUAUUAGGACACUUGGGAGCGACAUAUAUAAUCAUUCGAAUUAGCCUAACACUAUGGCAUUUUCUUCGUCUAUUUGUUCUACCUAAACUUGGAUUCCGUCUUCGAUUAACAAAACUUGGGCAAUGGGCCAUCGUAACUGGUUCAACAGAUGGUAUCGGUAAAGCUUAUGCAAGGGAAUUAGCCCAUCGAGGCAUGAAUGUUUUAUUGAUUAGUAGGAAUAAAGAUAAAUUAAAGGCAGUCAAAGAAGAGCUUGAAAGCCACUGUCAUCAUGAGAUAAAGACAUUGGCUAUUGAUUUCAAUCAGCCAAAGAAAAUUUACCAAACCAUAUCUUCAGAAAUUCAAAAUUUGGACGUAGGUAUACUUGUCAAUAAUGUUGGUAUUGCCUAUGAAUAUCCCAGUUAUUACGAUGAACUGAGUGAUCAAAUAUUAGAGCAAAUACUGAAUAUUAAUGUUAUAUCAGCAAUGGAAAUGACUCGUCUUGUCCUACCAAAAAUGAUCGAGAAUAAAAGGGGUGCAAUUGUAAACGUGGCGUCCAUUGCGGCUUCUGUUCCUAUGGCCUUAAUGUCAGUUUAUUCAUCCAGUAAAGCUUUCCUUGACUUUUUUUCUCGCAGCCUUAACGUCGAAUAUAAUAAAGAUUCUAUCAUUAUCCAAAGUCUUAUACCAGGUCUAAUAUGCACAAAACUCUCAAAAGUGAACAAAAUUAACCUGUUUGCACCUUCACCAGAGACGUAUGCCAAGCAAGCUGUUAACACUAUUGGAUUAUGUGAUAGAACUACAGGAUACUGGCCUCACGAAUUGCAGUAUACUUAUAUUAGGUUUAUGCCUACCUUCUGGGUACAAAAAGAGAUAUAUAAUACAUGUAAGAGGUUACGAACUAGUGCUCUAAAGCAUCUCGAGAAAGAAAAAUAG